UGUUUGAGCUACAGUUGUUAGCAUUUUCAUUUUAGAUACAUGCUAUUCUUUGUGUUUAUCCAAGACUGUUUCUGAAACCUUUAGCAUAUUGUAAUCAAGUAUUUAUAUUUAAUCCCAUCCGAGUGUCUUCAGACAUGUCUCAGGAGCAGUGUCCUUUAAACAUUCCCGCUGACACGAGCAUGGACUCUGGAAUGCACAGAAGAGCUCCUGAGAAAACACCUAUUCAAAUCCUUCAUGAGUAUGGCACAAAAACUGGCAACCUGCCCGUAUACCUUCUGGAGAAGUCUGAAGGAGAAGCUCACCAGCCCAGCUUUGUGUUUAGUGUACAGAUCGGAGAUGUGAACUGCACUGGCCAAGGCUCCAGUAAGAAGGCUGCAAAACAUCAGGCUGCGGAGGCUGCUCUAAAAGUCCUUCAAAUUGAGGGUGGAGCACAGAAGGUCCCUGUGAAGUCUGAGACCAAUGGUGUGGCAGCAGACACAAGCAACUCAGUGGGAAAGCUACAGGAGAUUGCUUUACAGAGAGGGUGGCGUCUGCCUGAGUACACAGUUAUGAUGGAGGCCGGCCCUCCUCACAAAAGAGAGUUCACAGUAACUUGCCGAAUGGAGUCCUUAACUGAGAAAGCGGUGGGGCACACUAAGAAAGCUGCAAAAAAGGCUGCUGCAGAGAAACUAGUGGCAAAGCUACAGAGUCUCUCUGAUGGUUCUGAAAUAACAUGGACACUUAAAUCAAGCGUUCGACUGGAGAACUUGCGCAACUCGACGUCUGAAAAAAUCUCUCUAUUAAGAAGAAACCCACUAAGCAUUCCCAACACAGAUUACAUUCAGAUGAUGCUGGACCUUUCCAAAGAACAAGGCUUUGAAGUCACAUAUUUUGAUAUUGAUGAACUAACUGUGAAUGGCCAGUAUCAGUGUUUGGCAGAGCUGUCCACCUCCCCAGUCACUGUAUGUCACGGCACAGGUAUUUCCUGCAGCAACGCGCACAAUGACGCAGCCCACAAUGCACUUCAGUACAUCAAGAUUAUGGCCUCCUCAAAGUGAAGCCUCUUGUAUAUGUAUGUAUCAGGUGCUUUUUCCGCUCCAGUCCUCAGCAAACAUCACAGUGAAGGCAUUAUCAUGACGAUCAAUGUUGACUAUAGCAGCUGUUGUUACAUUUUUAUCAUGUUUCAGAUAAGUUUGAAUAUAUUCUUCUGUGCAUUUAUUUAAACAUUUAGUGAAGCAAUAAAAUAAAUAAUGUGUUCCAAUUUGGACUUUCUUGCUAACAUUUU